AUGUUCCCCGCACAGGACGCUCUGCCCCGCGGUGGGCUCCACCUGAAAGAGGAGCCGCUGCUGCCCUCCAGCCUGGGCUCGGUGCGCUCCUGGAUGCAGAGCGCGGGCAUCCUGGACUCCAGCACGGCGGCGCAGAGUGGCGUGGGCCUGGCAAGAGCACAUUUUGAAAAGCAGCCCCCCUCCAACCUCAGGAAGUCCAACUUCUUCCACUUCGUGCUGGCCAUGUACGACCGGCAGGGGCAGCCCGUGGAGGUGGAGCGCACAGCCUUCAUCGACUUCGUGGAAAAGGAUCGAGAGCCUGGGACAGAAAAGACAAACAAUGGGAUCCAUUACCGCCUCCGGCUGGUGUAUAACAAUGGGCUUCGAACAGAGCAAGACCUCUAUGUGCGUCUCAUUGACUCCAUGUCAAAGCAGGCUAUCAUCUACGAGGGACAGGACAAGAAUCCUGAAAUGUGCCGCGUGCUGCUCACUCACGAGAUCAUGUGCAGCCGGUGCUGUGACCGCAAGAGCUGUGGUAACCGGAAUGAGACGCCUUCAGAUCCAGUCAUUAUUGACAGGUUCUUCCUCAAAUUCUUUCUCAAAUGCAACCAGAACUGCUUGAAGAACGCGGGGAAUCCCCGAGACAUGCGCCGUUUCCAGGUGGUGGUGUCCACGACAGUGAGUGUGGAUGGGCACGUGCUAGCCGUGUCUGACAACAUGUUUGUGCACAACAACUCCAAGCAUGGCCGAAGGGCCCGGCGCCUGGACCCUUCUGAAGGUCAGGACCCCCAGCCCAGCCCUGGCCAGCCUCAGUCUCUCCCGUGGUGCAGUCCCCUGAGCUGGGUCCUCUCCUCCCUCGCAGCUGCCACCCCCUGCAUCAAGGCCAUCAGCCCCGGGGAGGGCUGGACCACGGGUGGCGCCACCGUCAUUAUCAUCGGCGACAACUUCUUCGACGGGCUGCAGGUCGUGUUUGGCAACGUGCUCCUGUGGAGCGAGCUCAUCACCCCCCACGCCAUCCGGGUGCAGACGCCUCCACGACACAUCCCCGGGGUAGUGGAAGUGACCCUCUCCUACAAGUCCAAGCAGUUUUGUAAAGGAGCCCCUGGCCGCUUUGUUUACACAGCCCUCAAUGAGCCCACCAUUGACUACGGAUUCCAGAGGCUACAGAAAGUCAUUCCCAGACACCCGGGGGACCCCGAGAGGCUGCCCAAGGAAGUGCUGCUGAAAAGGGCGGCUGACUUGGCGGAGGCCCUGUACGGAGCGCCCAGCAGUAACCAGGAGCUCCUCCUGAAGCGCGCGGCGGACGUGGCCGAGGCUCUGUACAGCGCCCCCCGCGCGCCGGCACCGCUCGGACCCCUGGCCCCCAGCCACCCGCACCCCGCUGUCGUGGGCAUCAACGCCUUCAGCAGCCCUCUGGCCAUCGCCGUCGGGGACGCCACGCCGGAGCCCGGCUAUGCUCGCAGCUGCGGCAGCGCGUCUCCCCGGUUCGCGCCCAGCCCUGGCUCUCAGCAGAGCAGCUACGGCAGCGGCCUCGGAGCUGGCCUCGGCAGCUAUGGCGCGCCCGGUGUGACUGGCCUCGGCGUGCCCGGGUCCCCUAGCUUCCUCAAUGGCUCCACUGCAACCUCACCUUUCGCCACUCUCCUAUGAUUGAGAAGCCGCCCUUAAUUAGGGGGACCUGUGCUGAAACCUGAUGGACAGCAACCUUUUGGUCCUUCGCCGGGACUUCGGGAGGAGGCUGGCGGCCCCUGCUGGAAGCCUCAGGAAACUCUAGAGACUCGGGCUUCCAGCGCCCAGCAGCCGCAGGAAUGUGGGGCUCUUGGUUUCGGAAGUGCUUCCUGGGGCUGGGGAGAAACGGGAUGGGGGUAAGAGGAGGCUAGGGGCUCGGCGGGAUCCCAGAGGAGCUUCCUCACUCCCUCACCCACAGGACAGUCUUAUUCCAGUUCUGAGUACCUUGAGCAGCCUCUCAGGUUCUCCCAGAUGGCAAAACAAGGAAAGCCCUGCGACCAGAGCUGGAUUCAGAAUUGAGAGUCUUAGGCAGGAGCUGUCAGACAUCGAACAGUUACACCUCUGGACUUAAGUUCCUCUUAGUAAAUCAGGAUCAUCUCCACCUCCUGCCCUAGGAGGCUCCCCUGCCUGACUAUGCCUGUGCAUAGAAAGCCAGACAAAAUUCAGAAAGCGUAUGAUUUUGCAGUCCCGCCCCAAACCGUAAGUGCUGUCAUCUUGGGUUAAGACAGCUCCUGGAUAGAUGGAUGGAUGAACAGUGGAUUUUUAUGCUUUACCGCUGCCUGUCAUCCCCUUGCGAUUCCGGUGGUUACUCAGCAGGUAUUUAUAAUACACUUACGGGUGACAAAGCACUAGGCUUGGCGGACUGUCCACCAGUCACAAGAGAGCUUGUUCCUCAAGGCCUGGGGCACUACUGAACCUGAAAAAUAGCCACAGCUGCCCGAGAAAAAGCUUGUGGCUUUGCCUGCAUUUCCCUCACUUCUGCCUCCCCAUGCCCUCUGUUUUCUCUUACCUAAAGUAACAGUCCAGUCACCAGCCUAACCUUUCCUUACGAGAGGUGCUGUUCCUACUGGCUAGAAUAUGGCCUGGCACGUACUGUCCUUUGACAUUGACUUGGCUUGUCAAAACCAAGCUCCCUCUGAGCCAGAGUCCACACAGGUUGUAGCCUUCUUGUGUCCCUCCCAAUGCACGCCUCUCCUGGCACUUGGCUCAGAUCAGGUUCCACUGCUUCACGUCCCUAAGGCAGUGUGGCCUCACAGCCUUUUUCUAGAUUUCCCUUGUGUUUGAACCCCUUGCCCUUUUCCAGAUGUACAUUACUGCUGACAGCAGGAUAGCUGCCCCAGUGCACAGUCUAUCCUGGGUCAUCUCGUUCAGCGAGGGCAGAACCCCCAGAGCCACUUGUGUCCUGUUUCACCAUCAGCAGGGACACGCUGAACUCUACUGAGGCCCAUUCCCAUCUCAUAAUACCUUCACCCAGGUCCACAUCCACUCCCCCCCCCCCAAGGGCAAGCUGCUUUGCGACAUUUGCAUAGGGUGUCAUUCUCAUUGAGUUUGCCAAUGUCAUCUAGUCAGAGGGUCUGUGUUUCUACUUGGUCUUUGGUAUUAGUUGUUAGCAAAUCUAGGACUCCAUAACUUUGCAAAAUGUGGCUAUUAGCUCUCUGAGCCUUGAGUGAUUGUAUGUGUGUAUUAUAUAAUCAUUGGUGUUAAGCAGCCAGGGAUUUACCAGGCAGCACUGAACAUUUUCCUCAAGGAGGCCACAGGCUAAGGACAUUUAAAAUAGGGUAGUGAUUGCAGUUAUUUUUUGUAUCAAAAGUCAGUGAGUGGGUGUUCUGAUGUCAAAGGAGUCUUCCCAGGCCACAGAUUUCUCCCAGGAAGUCUGUACCUGCUGUCCAUGCCUGGUGGUUGAAAAAGAUUAAAAAUCCUGCCUACUGGUCUUUAGAAGUGAAAAGUAGGAAAAUAGGUUCAGAUGAGAAUGUAGAGAGGAACAACUAAGAUUCCCUAUACAGGAGCCCUGGCAGACACAGGAGGCUUUUGCGGUCCAAACUGAAGAUGACAGGGCCUUGAAUCAAAGUGGAAAGAAACCUUAUGUGUGUGUGGGGGGGGGGGAGUAGAACAAAGUGGAUUUUUGUUUGUUUACGUAUGAGUGCUUUAUUUGAAAGUACACCUGCAUGCCAGAAGAGGACAUCAGAUCCCAGUAUAGAUGGUUGUGAGCCACCCUGUGGUUGCUGGGAAUUGGAUUCAGGACCUCUGGAAGAGCAAACAGUUCUCUUAACUGCUGAGCCAUCGCUCCAGCCCCCACCAAAGUGUUCUAUGUUGGGUAGGAGGGUUCACUUGGAGAAGCAGUUUGGGUGAUUGUGUGAGCUGUCAUCCUUGGUAGAGACGCCUUAUAUCAGAGGCUGCAUAUAGACCAAAACUUCAUUCCUAUCCACAACUUUGUUGUGACCCUUAAACUUUGAUAGUAGCUUUGGCAACGCAUAGUCAUAAGGAUUUUAUUAGCAUUUCAGAAUUUUAGCAGUUUUCAGCAGGAAUCCCAAACUUUUCAUCUUUUUCUUCUCUCCCAUCUUUGGGAGUGUUGCCCCACUGUUUUUGUUUUCGCUGGGACUGAUCCUGUCAUCUCCAACCCUGUACAUUGUGUCCAGAAUUCCUAAAAAGGCAAGGACUGGUCCAGGACCCAAGGGCUUGCAGUUUGCCUCCUGGCACUACCUUGUAGUGGUCUUCUUAGGGACCCCUCAGGCCCCAGGGAGGCCCGAGCCUGCAGCCUGGUCAACAGCCCACAUAGGACUCACUGCUCACGCGGCACCACUACCCCGCUGCUCACUCUGGUGCUGUCUCCCUGUUGUGUCUCCCCCUGCCUUCCCUGCCACACCUGCCCCUUCCUCGCCCCGCCCCGGAGUCAUGCCCUCUAGCCCCCCGCUGGCAGCUGCCUCCUCCAUGUCCCUUCCGGCCGCUGCCCCCACCACCAGC